CCCGAGUCUAAUUGGUUGCGGAGCUGGAGUCCUCGCCUCUCAUUGGUUGGAGCUAAUCCGUCCCGGUUUCCUAUUGGUUGGGAAGGUUCCAUGAAGAUUUAGGACGGAGAAACCAGAGAAUGGGGGAGGAGCAAGGAAUGAUCAGUUCUCUUGAGUCAGGAUCAGGAACCACCCCUUCUCCUUCUCCUAAAUACAUGACCUCCUCGUCUCCUAGGAAAAUGCCCCAUUCAGGGCAAGCUGGCAUAAACCAGCUAGGAGGUGUGUUCGUAAACGGCCGACCACUUCCGGACAUAAUUCGUCGACGAAUAGUAGAGCUAGCUCUUAUGGGAGUUCGACCCUGUGACAUCUCAAGGCAGUUGUUGGUCUCACAUGGUUGUGUCUCAAAGAUCCUCACCAGGUUCUAUGAAACCGGUUCCGUUAAACCUGGUUCCAUCGGAGGAACCAAACAUAAGCAAGUUGCAACUCCAUCAGUAGUGAAGAGAAUAAUUAGAAUAAAAACAGAGAAUCCAGGCAUGUUCGCUUGGGAGAUCAGAGAACAGCUGAUAGGACAACGUGUAGUAGAACCGUCCUCUAUACCCUCUGUGUCCUCUAUAUAUAUGUGUCUGAUAGGACAACGUGUAGUAGAACCGUCCUCUAUACCCUCUGUGUCCUCUAUAAACAGGAUUCUACGGAACGCAGGACAUCCUGUCUUUGAGGCUGAAACAGGACAAGGAUCCAUGGAUGCUCCGCACCCCUGGCUUCAGCAUUGUAUUCAGCAAACCUCUUACCAGCAGCUUGCAGCAGCUGCCAGUGCUGCUGCUGUUGCAGCUGCUUCUGGUAAACUAGCAUCAGCUGCUGGAGCUGUUCUAGCAGCUGCUUCAACCAAACUCUCAGCAUCCAACACGCAGAUUAAGCAAGAGCCUUCCGCACUACCUCCGAUGGUUGAGAAAAAUCUGUUUAAAGGAGGAAGAUCGAGCUUCUCUAUUGACGAUCUCCUGGCAAGAACUCCAAUUUCUGCUAAAUCUGAGAUCACAAAUCAAACCCCGAUCUCUGCUUCACCUGAUCUCUCAAAUCAAAACUCGACCUUGACUGAACCUGAUCUAAAAUUUACUCUCAAUUUAAGCUCAAGCUUUUCUAUUCAUCACAAAGAUUUGCAACAGACACCGUCCCUCGCUCAAUCCACAGCUAUCCUCCCCUCAUCCCUCACAUCAAUCCCUCUCCUCUCUCAAACUGCUUCCAUUCCACACUCAACCCUCUCUUACUUCUCUCAACCAUCCAUUCCUUUCUCCACCUCCAUUUUACCACAUCGCUCUGAAGCAUCAACUCGUAAAAUAUCCCCCGUUUCUCCUGAUACUAAUCCUCAUAGUCCUUUAAUUGUCUCAAGAAGCACUCAACUCCCAUACCCUUCCCCGAAAAGUCCCAAAAACCCUUCCUCGCCUCGGGAAGAUUUUGUUUUGAACAACAAAGAGCUUUUAGCCCCAUAG